UAGAAAACUUCGAUUUCCGCACAAAAGUUCAAGAAGUUUCAUCCGGGGUAUCGUAUACUGGCGUAUUCCGGCCCGAAAAAAUCUCCAACGCAGAUCUAUGGGAACUCUGCGGUGAGACUCCGAUCGACCAGCAGAUCAAACGCCGCAAAUGGAACUGGAUUGGUCAUACGACCCCGACCACAUACCGAGGCAAGCCCUAGAUUGGAAUCCCCAAGGAAAGCGAAAACCCGCCCUAAGCAGACCUGGGGCCUUGCGGCAGUCCCCAACCACUUGUAAUACAAAUUGUAAAAUGGUAUGCAGUAGGCCCCUGGUGGCGGACGAUCAUUGCAGAAGCGAAGAUGAUAAGGAUGACCUGGAGCGAAGUAAACCGCGAAGCUCAAAACCUUCGGGAUGACGACGUACUGUGGCCCUCUGCCCCAUCUAGAGGACAUAGGACAUUAAGUCAAAUUAAUUUUCACCGUGGAAAACCUUCUGGACCUAAUAGCUAGACUGAAGAAAGCUGAAGACAAGCUGGUGGUAGUCGGUUUUCUCCCAAUAGCUUGGAAACACAGCGAAAUGUCCAUACAGAUGGAGAAGCUGGCUCGAAAGUAUGAGGACUUUGUUGUGUUUUUGAGGGUUUACAAAGGUUACGACGAAAUUUUCAACGAGUACAACAUAAAAUCGGUGCCAACGUUCAUUUUCGUUAGGCAUUCCGAGUUGCUGGACCGUCGCACGCGCAACAUCAGCCAUAUUGAGUGUGUAAUAGAAUCGGUGAAAGCGGAAGAUCGACGUCUUAGAAAUCUCAAGAUUACGCGUCCUGGAGGUUACUUGUACGACGUGAAAUGCCACGACGACCUAAAACGGUGGCUGACAGAGGCGAGACACAGGCUGGUGGUGCUCACGUUCCUGCCGAGACAGUCUUCCAGAGGCUUGUUCAUGACUCCCACCGUCCAGGAGCUGGCCAGGAAGUAUGCUGACACCACUUUGUUCCUCAGGAUUAAAGAAGAACAUGACGACUUAUACGACAAAUUCAACGUUCGGAAAGUACCGACAUUUAUCUUCAUGCAAAAUAGUGAAAAAGUCCCGGUGCGCCCUGCGACCAACAUUAAACAGCUUACGGAAACGUUGGAUGCUGUGCUGAUUACUACCACACAGGCGCCGAUAAGUCGCAUAAUAGACAUAAGUAGCCCCCUAGACCUGCAGGAGAAGUUCCACACGGCUGGCGACAAGCUGGUGAUCCUGGCAUUCAUGGACAAGUGGUGCUCCAAGUGUAGGAAGAUUAUCACGAAGGUUGAGGAGAUGGCCGAGCUGUAUUAUGGCACUGUUGUGUUUUUAAAGAUUGAAGACGACACCUUCACCAACGAGAUCUACACGAAGUACAAGAUCAAACACGUGCCUUCUUUCAUCUUCGUAAGGAACUCUAAGAAGAUUAAUCCGUUCAACGGCACGAACUAUGAGAACAUCCAGACGCAUAUAGAGUUUCAAGACUUUAAGAUCUAUCUCAAUUUGUGUAUGCUGACUAAGAAAUAUUUUGGUAGGUGUAUUUAAUUAAUUUAAAGAUCGUUAUCAAGGUGCACUUUUCGUGGCAAAUGGCACGGUUGGCAAAAAAAACAAAUACUUACAUUUAAAUAUUCACUGGUGGAUAUGCCGGAGGGCGUCAACAAAAAUUGCGUGCAGUAUUUUAAAGAGUUAAAUUACCUUCCUGUCCACAUUUUUUUAUCGUCAGGAUUGAAUCAGUGCGUGAUUCUGAGAAGAAUGAGCCCAAGGCCCAAACACGUCCAGAUCUGGUGAAAUUCGAUUUUCGAGAUUUAUUUUGGAAAACGCCCAUAUACAUAAUGCAUUUACUUAGUUGUAACUAUUGUUUAUUAAAGUUUUUGUGAUAAAAA